AGCUCAUCAGAAAAUCCAAGGAGGAAUACAACUCGAGAAAUUCUGUUCUCUAACUACGACAAAGACGUUAGACCAAAUCAAGGAGGUAGCUAUAUUCGUUUUGUUCAUCAAGAUUAUAGGAGAUUAAAUGUUCUUCUUAAAUUAUUUUGCAUGCCUUUCUCUGCAACAUAAUUGCCACUCAAAAUAUUUUGCUUGUUGCAUAUUAAAUGUUAACAGGCCUAUAAAAUAUGAAGCGGGAGUGAAGUGAUUAUUUCAUCCGCCAAUUGCAUGAAGUUGCCAUAGGUGGGAAAACUCCCGAGAAGAGGUAGAAAGAGAUACUCAACGAAAAAUUUCUAAUGGCCGCCCAAUGGCGAGGCCGGAAACCCUAGGGAAAACACGCGGCUUAUAGCAAAUAAGGCUUCCGUAAAUAAUAUUUAACGAAUUAUCAAAUGAAAUAUAUUUUCUCAAGGACAUUGCAUCACUUAUCUAGACUGAAAAGAGGUACUUCUUUCGGAGUGCAGCUUCAAUGGGUAGGCCAUUAUAAGGAGCAACAUAAAGUUCUAAAGUGAUGACGUGAUAAAAAUUAAAUUUGGGAAAUAAUAGGAUUUGUCAGGAUUUUCUGAAAGGACAACAUCCAAGAGGAUUACUUGCGAAAAGCAUUGUGGGGCAAGUUGUCUCUGAGAUAUUACCCCAGUAAUGCAUUGAAGACUCCAUACAAAUCUUUCUAAAGUUGACUUGGGUCUAAACAUUUGGCAAGUAGGAUUCUUGGAUGUUGUCCUUUUAGAAUAUCCUGACAAAUCCCACAAUUUCACAAAUUUAAUUUUUAUGACGUCAUCACUUUUGAACUCUAUUGUGGUGGUUCUGGGGGCUGGGGCUAAUUGGUCACGUGUUCCUGAUUUAUUAAUAUGCCAAACUGAAGAUCUUAACUAGAGACCUUUAGCAUCAGGCAAACCGCAAACCGCAGUUACGCGUUUGCAGUUUCGCGUUGCCGAGAUUUCAAACUUUAGCAAGGCUUUCAGUUCAGUUCAUUUUUAGUCAGCCAAAAUAUAAUACAAUACAAGAAUACAUAUUCUUGGGUUGCACGUGACGUCACCAAAAAUCAAACUCAGAAACUAUCGAUUCUUCUGAGUUUCUACUUUCACGGGCUAUUACAGUACCUAAACACCUUUACAUAAACAAAUUUUUGGUUCGAAAGGGUUCUUCGUUUUGCGAGAGAGGACGCUUGAAUUUCCAGGCUUUUGCGUGACGCGGCAUUUAGCUGGCGGCCGGGAAAGCUCUUAUGUGGGUUAAAAACAUUACCGAUUUUGGGAGAUUUUGCAAUCUAAACAUUCCUUGUCUCAGAAUAAAUAUUACUGUAAUCUUUAUGAGUUCCUCAAGCGAAGAAUUCACGCGUUAGUAGGAAAACUCGAAAACAGAUGUUUCUGUUGGUAUCCGGCAGCCAUAUUGGUGUUCCUGAAAGGGACACCAAGAUGGCGUUUCCAUACAAAGCUUUAAAAAUUUUGGUAAACCGUUUUUCCCAAUAUCUCGCAUUUGAAAUGUUUCACAGACCUGAUUCUUGGCAAGAGUUUUUGUAUAUUUAUCUUUUUUCAUUUCCCAGAUUCUAGUCCUUCUGUAUUGAAUGGUUUGCAUUUUUAUUUUUCAUUGCGUGACAGUGCAAGCCGAGAAUAGGAAUUGUAAGUUUGGAAGGGAGCCAAGAAGAAACCAAAAGGCUUUAUGAAGCCUGGGCUCCCCAGUCUCAAAGAAAUAAGCAAAAUAAAAUGAAAUUCGCGGAGUGAUACGUUAAAAAUAGGAACUAAACAGAGACUGAGUUAAGAUUUGGAUUCAGUAACAAGAUAGAAAAAAAAUUAACUCUGGAUUGGAACAAAAUACUUUCCUUUGUUAGUACGGCAGAAAGGAAUAUAAAAUUAAUUUGAACUAGGCGUUCAUUGUUUUGGGUCCGCCAUGUUGUUGUCAUCAAAUCGAAGUGCAUCAGUUUACAGUCGCCCAAAAAUCAGCAAUAAUUCAUUGACUCGAGAUCAAAAAUCCAGCAAACACAUCGCAAACGGAUAUAAAAGGCUUGUUCAUACCUUUAAACGCGAGGCUGUACAAUUUUUUGUGGCAAAAAAACCUUGCCAUAAAUCACCGACCGCUGGAAGCUCUUCCUGCGGUUCAAACGUGAACUGCAAACUGCCAACGUGACCGCAAAGCCGUGGUCACGUGACUUUUGCGGUUUGCGGCUUGCAGUUUCCCAUGAAAAACCGGAUGCUAAAGGUCCCUACUGUACCUCUAUACCCCGGAGGGUCUACCUAAUCAUAACUGAACAUGUUUGCGUUACAGUUGCUCCACUCACAGUGGAACUUGAUCUGUACGUUGAAUCAUUUGCUAACAUUGCUGAAGCCAACAUG